AUGCCUCGAGAAAUCAUAACAAUUCAGGCAGGACAAUGUGGCAAUGCAAUUGGGUCGAAAUUCUGGCAGCAGCUGUGUCUCGAACAUGGCAUUAACGCGGAUGGCAACCUCGAGGAUUUCGCUACAGAAGGCGGUGAUCGCAAAGAUGUCUUCUUCUACCAGAGCGACGACACUCGUUACAUUCCUCGUGCCAUUCUUGUCGACCUUGAACCCAGAGUAAUCCAUGGUAUUCAGGCGAGCCCAUACAAGAACAUUUACAACCCGGAGAAUUUCUUUGUGGGCGAAAACGGCAUGGGCGCAGGCAACAACUGGGCAGCUGGCUACGCGGCCGGCGAGAGAGUACAAGAGGAAAUAUUCGACAUGAUUGACCGGGAAGCCGACGGUAGUGACUCACUCGAGGGUUUCAUGCUACUUCACUCAAUUGCUGGGGGCACUGGGUCCGGAUUGGGUUCUUAUCUACUAGAACGUGCCAACGACCGUUUCCCCAAAAAGAUCAUUCAGACAUAUUCGGUGUUCCCAGAUACCGCCAUCGGAGAUGUGGUAGUCAAUCCUUACAACAGCUUGUUGACUAUGCGGCGAUUGACUCAGAACGCCGAUUCUGUGGUGGUCCUUGACAAUGGGGCACUGUCGAGGAUAGCAUCCGAAAGACUACACGUUCAAGAGCCGUCGUUCCAACAAACAAACCAGCUAGUUUCAACGGUCAUGUCAGCGUCGACCACCACUCUUCGAUAUCCGGGGUAUAUGCAUAACGACCUAGUUGGAAUUAUUGCCUCGCUCAUUCCCACUCCGCGCUGCCAUUAUCUAAUGACGGCAUACACCCCAUUCACCGGGGAUAAUCUCGACGCCGCGAAAACGGUCCGCAAGACCACUGUUCUCGAUGUGAUGCGUCGCCUGCUUCAACCAAAGAACCGCAUGGUCUCGAUUACGCCAUCCAAGUCAUCCUGCUACAUCUCGAUCCUCAACAUCAUCCAAGGUGAAGAUGUCUCGCCAACAGACGUUCACAAGUCGCUUCUACGCAUACGAGAGCGUCGGAUGGCAACCUUCAUUCCGUGGGGGCCAGCGUCAAUUCAGGUAGCGCUGACGAAGAAAUCCCCCUACUUACAAAAUACCCAUCGGGUUUCGGGGCUGAUGCUCGCAAACCAUACAAGCGUCUCGACGUUAUUUAGGAGAAUUGUGGUGCAGUACGGACAGAUGCGGAAACGAAAUGCAUAUCUAGAACAGUACAAGAAAGAAGCACCAUUCGCAGAGGGAUUGGGCGAGUUCGAUGAGGCUAAGGAGGUUGUGAUGGGGAUGAUCAGCGAGUACGAGGCAGCUGAGAAGGACAACUAUCUCGACCCUGACGCUGGUGAAAAGAAAGCAGACGGAAUUUGA